AUGCGCCAAGUCGAGACCGAUUCCGCGCUCCUUGCCGCCGCUCAAGGACUUACACCGCCGCUCUCGGACUCACCGGUCGGCGAAGUCGACCAGGCAGCAGCGAUAGAAGAGGAUGGUUCGCACGGCGGCGGCAUGUUCGCAAGCAAGCCUCCAUGGGGCUCCCCGGCGCCACCGCUUGCGUUGGCUGAAGAUGCCGCUGAGCUUGCAACUGAUCUGGCGCAAGAGGUGGGCGCGCUCUACGCUGACUUUGGUGUUACAUCGGCACGUUGUUGGGAGCAGGCAGAGCAGAAAAUGGGAGCAGACAGUGGUCGCCGAGACGACGACGGCGUCGAAUUCGGAGACGAUGUCGAGCGUGAUGAGCAGCUGCUCGCUUCCCUGAAGGGCCGCCACGUACGACUGCAAAACACGCCCGACGUGGUGAUGCCACCCCUCAUCAUCCCCGAUAGAAACGGCGGCGUGGCGGCGGACACGCAGCUGCUGCUGCACUGUCGCGGGGGAGAGAGCGAAGCAUCUGCCUUGGCGGUCGCACCGCGGAUAACAGCGCACCUCCUUCACCGGCACAGCUAUCUUGCGGAGCAGGAUCGACUGUACCUUGGCCCUUGCACAGCGCCAGAAGCGCAGCUGCGGCCGCCGGAUGCCAUGCGAGCAGCACUCCCAUCUGCGGGCACACAGCGCCACGGCUGCUGCGUCCUUGUCGUCUUCUCCACCACGGACCUGCGUGUUCACGAUAACCAGCUCUUGGCAUUCGCCUCGGUGUGCGCCAGGGCGGCCGCCGCAGAGGCAGGCGGCCCAGUUCCCGUCAUUGGUGUGUGUGUACUCGACUACCGAACCUUUGCGCAGCCGAGCACUGUCGGCGGCUUCUUCCGUCAGAGCCCUCAGCGGGCGCAGUUCCUGCUUGAUACGGUCGCGGCGCUGCGCCGCAAGCUGGAGGACACACUGCAUGUGCCUCUCCUGGUUCGCUGUGGUCGGCCAGAGGAGCACGUGCCCCGCCUGGCCGUGGAGCUGCGGGCGAUGGAUGUUCUCAUGACGACUCAGUACGCCCCCCACGAGCGACGCGUGCAAGCGUUGAUGGUGCGUCGACUCCAGGCGGGGACGUGGGUGUCGCGCGAGGAGGUGGCUGACGAGACGGUGGUGGCGAGUGAAAUUGGGCAAGGAGCAUCAGUGACGCCACUUGACGCACACUGUGGCUCCGCAGCGGAGGAAGACGAUCCGUUGAUCGCCGUCGUCGAGCACGCGAGCUGCGGCGUCGGUGGCCAGCAUCCAUACCACCGCGGCAGCAACUUGCCCUCGCACUGCCGCGCCGCGGCUGCUCUGCCGGUGGUGCACAGUGUCUGGCAGUCGACGCUGGUGCACCUCGACGACUUGCCGACACCGCUGGCCGCCAUGAAGGAAGGCGAGCGGUGGUACCACGACGACGUCACGGUGAGCACGAUCCGGCCGACCGAGCCGUACGACAAGGCGACCGCGCUGCUGGCGAAGCUGCCUCGAACCUGGCAAGCGGCUGCCCUGCUUCCCACGGAAAACGAGCGGUACGGGCGAGCGGGGCCAUCCGUCCUGCGGGGGGCGCUACCGCGGCUCGAAGACCUGGGCUACAGCGCCGCAGCCGCCCGCGGGACAGACUUCGCCUUCCAGGAAGUGAUCGCCACCCAGUCGUCUCACCCGGACGCCGGCGAGGACGCGGCGCUGGUACGCCUGCAGGACUGGCUGGCGCAGGGCGGCGUGACGUCGCUGCUGCGCUACGGACGCGAGCGGCGCACUAACACGAAGAUGUACUCACAGAAGCUGGCACGCGUGUCACCGUACAUCGCGCUCGGUGCCCUGUCCCCGCGCAAGUACUAUGAAGUACUGCGGGAGUUCGCGCAGGCGAACCAGCGCGACGCGUUUGUGCAGCAGCAGUUCCGCGAGGGUUUGCUGCGGCUGUCUCGGCGGGACUACUGGCACUGGAUGGGCCUGCGCUUCGGCGACCGGCUCUUCUUCUCGUACGGGCCGCACCCCGAGCACACGGACGACGUACCGGAAUGGCGUCAUGACCGUAAGGUGGUGCAGCGGUGGUGCGAUGGACUGACCGGCAUCCCCUUCGCAGAUGCCGCGAUGCGGGAGUUGGUAGGGACAGGCUUCGUCGCGCAGGAGGGGCGGCAGGCUCUGGCGUGGCUGCUCACGCGUGGCUACGGACAAGACUGGCGCCUCGGCGCUGAGUGGAUGGAGCGCUGCUCCCUCGACUACGACCCGUUCGUCUGCUACGGAAACUACGCGUAUAGCUGCGGGCUUAUGCUGGACGACUUCGGCGAGCCUGUCCGAAACGUGUACUACCUCGCCCACCAGCACGACCAGACCGGCAUCUACGUAAAGAAAUGGCUGCCGCAGCUGUCGAAGGUGCCACCGGUGUACAUACACCGCCCACAUGUGCUGACGGAGCGCAUGCAGGCGAUGCACGGCGUGUACCUAGGCAGAAACUACCCCUACCCACUCAAGCUGUGGCAAGGGGCGCAGCGCAGUCUGUCCGCCGCCAAGCUCACGGCGUACUACCCGCAGGGCAUAGUGAAAGGUCCUGGGUACGCGGAAGCGCUGCGGUACGGCAGCGCCGUGAUGCACCCCGAGGAGUACAACGCCGCUGUGUCGCCUGGCUACCUGCAGCGGCAGGAAUGGGCGACAAUGCUACCAGCCUCCGCCUUCGCCGGCAUCGAGGACAGCGACGAGAUGGCGAGGCACUUCUCCCUCUUGGAGGCAGCAGCUCCACGGAAGUCUGCCGCACCCGCCGCCGCUGUGGCGGCGGAGUCCACUUUGAAGAGGGCCACCGCGUAG